UUCUGCUCCGAACCGAAUUAAUUCUAAUUAACUAAUUGAUUGGCUUUUAAUAGUUUCCGUGUGGAAAGUUGGCGUGGAAGUGGGAGCGGUUCCACCCACAGUCACAAAUUCUAUCUGGGUAGAUCCGUCUUUAAAAGAAUUGCAUGACUGACGUAAAUUUGCACAUUGUUGACGAAUUAAGCUGCUGUUUGUAAAUUACUUUGUUGACAUUGAUUAUAAAAUUCAGCCAGGAUGUUGAAAUUCUCAAGUCGAGCUAGUCGCAAAUGUGUCAAGUGGGCCGAGUUGUUGAGCACGGCCAAUGGGCGUCAGUACUCUCAACUAAGCAUUCUACGUGGGGGUGGGUUUGGCCGUGUUGUCUCCCAGUUGCCUCUAUCAGUUCCCCUGAACAGUCACUCGGAGAGGUCGUGUUCCUGGAGUUUGGGCGGAUCCGGAUGUGCAAGAUCCUUUCACCUCAGUGUUCCCGUUCAAGAUGAGAGCAAAAUUGUCGUCGUUCCACCUUUCGCCGACUCUAUUUCCGAGGGCGAUGUUAGGUGGGAAAAAGCUGUCGGUGAUUCCGUCUCUGUCGACGAGACCGUGGCUGAGGUAGAGACGGAUAAGACCUCAAUUCCGAUUCCUGCUCCUGCCAAUGGAAUAAUUGAAGAGAGAUUUGUGGAAGAUGGAACAACGGUCAAGCCAGGAAUGCAAUUGUUCCGGAUGAAAGUUACUGAGGGUGGUGCAGCACCUGCCAAAUCUGCAGCCGCACCCCCUCCUCCACCACCACCACCUAAAGUGGAAGCUGCCCCAUCACCACCACCUGCAGCAGCAGCCGCCCCGCCGAAAGCCGCUGCUCCACCCCCCUCAACUCCCCCACCACCUCCUCCACGUCCAUCCAAGCCAAGGGAAAGUACGCCGAUAGCCGCAAUUCCACAAAUGAGCAUGGUUGAACCAAGAGUCAAGGUUCCUCCUGCCGAUCCCACCAAGGAAAUCAGCGGUACUCGAACGGAACAACGAGUAAAAAUGAACAGAAUGCGUUUGAGAAUUGCUCAGCGACUGAAGGAAGCCCAAAAUACGAAUGCCAUGCUUACCACCUUCAACGAAAUCGAUAUGAGCAACAUUAUCGACAUGAGAAAAUCCUUGGGUGAAGCCUUUGCUAAACGCCAUGGAGUCAAGAUUGGGUUCAUGUCUCCUUUUGUGCGAGCUUCCGCCUACGCGUUGAUGGACCAACCCGUGUGUAAUGCCGUAAUUGAGGGACAAGAAAUAAUUUAUAGAGACUACGUUGAUAUUUCUGUGGCCGUUGCGACUCCAAAGGGCUUGGUUGUCCCUGUGUUACGUAACGUGCACUCGAUGAGUUACGCGGAUAUUGAGAAGGGAAUGGCUGCUCUGGCAGUGAAGGCUCGAGACGGGAAUCUCGCGGUGGAGGACAUGGAUGGGGGCACUUUCACCAUCUCUAAUGGAGGAGUCUUUGGCUCCUUGUACGGAACGCCAAUCAUCAAUCCUCCUCAAUCUGCUAUUCUUGGAAUGCAUGCCAUUGUUGAGAGACCCGUGGCACGAAAUGGACAAGUGGUGAUUCGUCCCAUGAUGUACGUCGCAUUGACUUACGAUCAUCGCCUCAUCGAUGGCCGUGAAGCUGUGACUUUCCUUAAAAAGAUCAAAUCUUCUGUCGAGGAUCCACGAAGCAUACUGAUGGAACUUUAAUUUAAAUUAAUUCUAGGGUAGGAAUUGAGAGCAAAACUUUGAAUUUGUAGCAGAAUCCAUCAUUCUAAUAAUUAUUCGAAAACACUGAAACUCUACUGUACUUAAUUUCCUUGUAAAACUAUUGUAAAAGUGUAAAGACAUUUUUUUCUCCUCCUCCUCCUCCUUGUGGAGAAGGCUAGUCAUGUAGGCAUGAAAUGAAUGACGAAGAAACAUGUUCAACUUUGGCAAGUGAAAAACAAUAAUAACAUUUAUGCAUUCAUGAUGAUAAUAAUGAUAAUGUAAGAAGAGUACUAAAUGUAAGAUUUGAAAAUGCAAUGGCUUGUCAUCUUCGUCACGGACCGCACACACAGUAUCUCUCUGUUCUUAUCGUAGUAGUGGUCAUAUAUUAAAAAUAAAGUGGAUUUGGUUCAGUAUA